CAUGAGAUGUCUAGAUAUCUGCUUAUUAUUUCGUUCAUACUUGUAACACCCCCUUUGGUUCCAAUCAGUUCUGCAGAGGCAGAGAAUCAAGAACUCAGUGUGGGUCCUAAGGAGGCCUCAUCUGGAUCGAAAAACCAAAACGACAUGGGACCUACGCAUUAUAGUAGAUUGUAUGAUGCAUAUCGACAGCGAUUAAAGGGAGAGGGAGAUGAUACCGAGGAUGAGGUAGAAAUCGAUUCGAAAGAUGCACCACUCCAAAGAGAUGUAGUCGCAUUAACUAAGAAAUCAAGCCAACCCUUGGCUGCAGAGAAAGACUCUACAGAACUUCCCAUUAUCAAAUACGAUGCAACCGAAGAUCGACCCAUGCCAUCGGCAAAAUGCCUGGCCCGUCUUCCCUAUCGAAAUAGGGAAAAUCAAAGUGUUAAGGCAAAAGUCGAGGCUAAAACUCCCCUGGUAAGUAGUAUGAUUUUGCUGAAAAUGAAUGUGCCCGAAAAUGUGUUACGAGUCAAAACACCGGAAAACGCGCAGGAUCCUGGCGAGCGACGAAUUUUCGAACUCAAUCGCAUUUACAAGGAUUUUCUGAAAGCCUGGCAACAGCCAACACCCAGUUUGGCCUCGGCCUCCAAGACGGAAAACCCAACCAAACCCAUUAGUUCUUCGGGAUCUGUAAGAUUGAGCGCAUUGUCCGAUUUAAUGGAUGUGAUCGAGCGCCUUCAAAAAAGCGAUUUGGUUAAAGAAUUGGCCAAAAAGAUAAGCGAGGAAAUGGAGCCCAACCUACAGAAUCAAAUCAAGCAGGAUGCUCUUCUGGUGACAGAAAGUAGGGCUUCUUUGAGAGCUAUUAAAAAAAAUGAUCUAUCCGGGAUCUUUGAAAACGAGGAACCCGGAAGUGCUUCGAAAGCUUUCAAAAGUUUACUAGAUGAUAUAAACUCAAGAAGAUCAACCAUUAAGGCUGGUGGGCUUUACGAUGAGUACAAGAAGGGCUUUUGUCAGCUAUUUAGUGAUCAUAAAUUCCCUAGGCAGUCGCUAAUUACCAGCGAAGCCGAUUAUCCUUUAGACAGCGAAUCAAGUCGCAGGAUGAAUGGGGACGACAACUUUCCCAGUCAGAGUGAUAAAACGAAAGCCACUCCUUUUAAGAGUAUCGAACCUGAAAUAAGGACACCCACCAAGAUCUGUGUUCCGGUGGCAGCUCCAAGCACAAACAACAAUAAUAAUUAUCUGAGGGCUCUGGAAACCUUUAUCAAGUUGAACAAGGAGAGUAAUAAGAACGGCGGCCUAAAGCCUUAUUACUUGCCGAAUUCCAAAAACCGUCAGCUCAUUUGGAAUGACAUUCCCCUAAUAAAGCCAGGCCUUAGUGAAACACCCAAGAAAACUUCGGAGACUAAGUCGAAAUAUAAGCCCUCUAGCACUCCCAUUCAAGAGAAUGUGAUACCUGAAAAGGAACCACCAAAUAAAGCAGCUACCUCUAAGCCUGAUCCAAAAUUAGAAACUAAAUUCAUAGGGUGUGUUCCCAAGAUCGAGACCAAAGCGCAGUCUAUAAACCCUUGGCAAGAAGUUUUCUCUGGAAUGGAUCCCAAACAAAUUAUAAGCGGAUUGAAGGCCAUUAAGCAAUCUUCCUUCUUUAACUUGGUGGAUGAGUACCAAAAGCAGAUCGAUAACCUUAAUCAGGCGUUAAAAACAAAGCAGAGUUGGUGGAAGGAGGUCCUCGAGAGAGGCAAAUCUCCACUGGGGACACCCGCGAAGAGGAAUAUACUCAUGGGUAAUUCCCCUUCCGGAUCUUCACUCCCAGCGCCUUUUCCCGAGGUUUUAGUUAAUCAGGCUCCACAAUUAAUGGGUGGUGGUAAUAAUGUCAUUGAUAACAUGGCCACCCAAAUGAAUCUCUCACCUGUGGAGCUGGCCCAAAGAAUUGUGGGAGGUGGUCAAAACGCAGCAGUAAAUUCAGGAGAUGGACGAGCUAAACUAGUGCAGAAUCACCUACAACCAGCAAGUCAGAUCGGAAGUAGCUUCAAAAGAGGACCUGAGGUCUUGUGCCAAGUUCCGUGUCAAUCGAUGGGUCAACCGUCACAGCCACAACAGCAGCAACAACAGCAACAACAGGAGGAGCAGUCGGGGAUUUCCCCGGUUUUAGACAAGAUUCUGCAGCGUUUGGAGAAUAUUCAGGCUACCAAAUGCAACAAGUCCGCGGAAGAGGAGGAGGAGAAGAACCUGCCCUGCUGCUUUGUGGAUCCAGCCGAUGGUUCCCCCUGUGACCUAAACGGCUCCUGGGAGUCCCUUGUCCUGGGAGUUCGCAUAAAUAUCAAAUCCCCACCCAUGACUUCGGAUGGCGAGGAAAAGGCGAGGCCCUCGUGUAGUCAACACAAAGGUGGUCAUUGUCGAUUUGUGCGUCAGUGCGUCAAGAUGAACAAGACCCAGUUAAAGGAUAUUGCCGAGGCCAAGGCUCCCAAUUUUCAAGGCGUCUCGCUGAACAUAAGUGUGCAGGAAACAGUGCCGCCGCGAGCCCACGAACUCCUCGACAAUCUCACCGACUGGCACUUUUCCGGCCACACCCUAAUGGUACUCGGCGGACCGCUUUCGCUCUCCUUCCGCAAGGCCAAUUCCAACCUGAUCGGCCACUUCAUCGGCUACUGUCGCACCUGCGGCUGUGUGGACACCAUUUUUGGCUCCUGGAGCUUCUGCCAGCCGUCGCGCGAUUGCCAGGAUAUCUGCAUGUCCAUCGUGGACAGGCGGGAUAUGUUGCGGCGAUAUAGCAUGGAUGAGCGGCGAAGGAAUCGCUUCAAGGAGCUGCUCUACACGGGCAGCAAGUUCGCCAAAAUGGAAAAGGAUCGGCUGCUGGCCGAACAGGAAAAGUACCAGAAACUCAGGUCCCAAGCGUCGAGUGAAACGGAUGCCAGUAUUCCUAGUUCUAAAAGUCAGACUUGUCCUAAGAUGUGAUUUCAAAUUCAUAUUUUUAACUUUUCGGUUUCGUU